AUGCCAGCACCAGAGCUGCCCAAAGAGGAAUGGGACGCCCAUAAAGAUGUCAUAGUCAAAUACUUCCGCAAGCUUACUGCGAAGCAACUGCUCGAGUACUUGAAUCAUAACCAUGGAUUCUGCCCCACUUCAAGCCAGUUGGAAAGUCGGCUCAAGAAAUGGGGACUGCGUAAAAAUGUACACAAAGAGCAAUGGCAGCGAAUAUCGGCAGCGGACCAACAGAAGCUCGAGAACGGAAAGGCUGUCGUCAUGAUGGACGGCGUCAUCAUCGACCGGAAGAAAUGGAACAGGGCCAAGAAGUGGGCUCGUCGCCAGCGAUCUACCCCGAUGCAGGAAGACGCUGCACUGCAAAGGGGUGAGGACGGCAUCAAUGCCCGUGCACCUUCAACUGGGAUGGAGCUCUGCACCGACACUACCUCGGACACCCCGUUUUCCCAAUUCGAUACAAAGUUCGAUCUAUUCAUGAUGGAGUUCCCCAAAUGGAGAUUUUUUCCCAUUGGUACCAUUCAUCCCCAUGCCCAGCUCGGUGCAGAAGCUUCUUUCGAUCCGUUCACUCUUUAUUUCUUCAACGUUACAACGUCUCAGAUACAGGCACCAGGAGGCUCACCGCAGUCCCCGUGUGACAGCCACGCAGCAUCACUUCCUUGGUCCAAGGCCGGCACGCCAAACCAAGACGCUGAAAAGAUUAUGAGUGACAUUCUCGGUGCCGAUGUUGAUCCAGAUUCUUAUGAAUAUAGCAAAAAGAUCGCUGCACGGCUGCAAGAAGUCAUGACGAAGCAAGCUGAGGGCGAUGCCGUGCGUCAAAUCGACCAAUUCACGAAAGAUUCGAAAGUCGACCAAACAUUUCGACUUUUGCGAUACGCAGUAUACCUUGCAUCCAACAAUUUGCUUCCAGUUGAAAGAGUGGCCAGUCUUCUUCAGUGGCUUCUGCACAGUAACACCUUCUGGGUAGUUGACGUUUUCGUCGCCAUGCGCACCCCAACAACCGAUGCAUUUGCAAGCGUGCUUCUUGUGGGCGCUGCCAGGCUCGGUAACUUUACGGCCUGCCAAUUGUUGCUCAAGAGAGGCGUUGAGCCCAACUGUACUGCGCCCUCGCUGAGUUACCGAACCUCAACAGCUCUGCUAGAGGCUGUGAGGCAUCAAGAUACCGAUCUUGUGAGCCUGCUGGUGAAUAGCGGAGCUGAAGUUAAUGUAAAAAUGACUUCCAUGCCGUCGCCUUUAGGCCAGGCUGUGUUGAGCGACAACCUUGACAAUUCCAGGGCCGAGAUUAUUGGAAUCCUCAUCAACAAGGGCGCUGAUAUACAUCAAGUCAUGGGCGAGGCCGAGGCCGAGGGUGCCACAAUAUUGGACCUUGUUCUUGACUAUGACGAUUCUGAAGUGACUACGAUGUUCUUGCAGUCCGAUGCCGGAAUCGGUUCUCUCUCAAAGCAAUAUUCCACGCCUUUAAAAAACGCCGCUGAGGUUGGCAACUUGAAGCUCGUUGAGAGGCUACUCAAGUCCGGUGCCAAUCUGUGGCUGCAGUCCUACUACGCGAAGGCGCAGAUGUGA